AUGUGGGCCUUGAUCCAAAAUCGCCGGAUAAAGAGGCUUGCUACCCUUGAAGUCGGACAAGAGCAAACCGCUGCAUUAUCAAACAGGACAAAUGGUCUCGAGCUUGGGUCACCAGCUGCAGACGGAAACGGCUGCAUAUGGGUGAGGAUAAGAGACGAGACCGACCAACUAGACCCGAAAAAUUGGACACUACUAUCAAGGUUCAAAAACAUUGUGAUCCUAUCGCUUUUGAUCUUCGCGCAAGCAUGGGCAGGCUCUGCCGACUCUCAGGCCAACGAACGCGCAAGCCGCGAGUUUGGCGUGUCUCAAACCGCCGAAAACCUCUCAACUGCAAUGUAUUUAUUUGGGAUUAGCUCAGGCUCUCUUUUUGCUGGACCAUUCUCAGAAUCCAUUGGAAGAAAUCCGACGUACCUGGUAUCAACCCUCAUGUUUCUCCUUUUCGUCCUUGGAUCUGCACGUACACGCACAUUCGCCGGCCAAGUGAUAUGUCGAUACUUCGUGGGUCUUUCCUCUAGUGCGACCCUAUCGAUAAAUGGAUCCAGUGUUGGUGAUCAGUUUCGUCCGGUGAAACGCGCUUUCGUCUUUCCAAUGAUCGCCUGGGCUAAUAUUGCAGGCCCCACGAUCAGCCCGAUUGUAGGUGGAUGGGUCGUUUCCAAUCCAGACCUAGACUGGCGCUGGACUGAAUAUAUAACUCUCAUCAUAUCGGCCUUUACAUGGGUGGUGGCACUUCUCUUUCUCCCCGAAACAUACCUGCCGAUCUUACUGGAUUGGAAAUCCAGGCAGGUACGACGUGAAACUGGCGAUGAACGAUACGCAUGUGGUCCCACGAGCUCCCUUUAUCAACGACUGAAAGACAUCGUUCCGCUCCCUAUAAUAUUCUUUAGCACUGAGCCAGUGAUUUCUGUGCUUGGGGCGUACUUGGUCCUAUUAUACUGCAUUCUAUUUACCUUCCUGUCUGGAUUUGAUUACAUCUUCAAACGGACGUACAAUAUGUCUAUAGCACAAACAGGGUCAUGUUUUGGGGCUAUCGCUGCAGGCGCCACAGUGGCCACGUUUGCUGCGCCUGGUCUUUAUAAAUGGGCCCGCCGAAAGACUCAUUACGAACAUGGCGCAGCGCUACCUCCCGAAUUCCGACUUUGGCCAGCAAUUAUUGCCAGUCCUUUCCUACCGAUAUCCCUAUUCUGGUUAGGAUGGACGAAUUCUCCGACCGUCUCGGUCUGGUCAAGCCUUCUUGCGUGCGGACUUUUUGGUGCCGUGCUGAUAUCCAUCUACAUCAGCAGCUACGAGUAUAUUAUUGAUAGCUACGGGAAGCACGCAGCCAGCGCGUUAGCGAGCAUAACAAUGGUACGCUAUCUAAUAGCUGGUGGCAUGGUCCUGGCAGCCCGUCCCAUGUACGAAAGGAUCGGGGUUCAUUGGACGAUGACCAUCCUAGGUAGCAUAUCAUUAUUAUUGGCCCCCAUGCCAUUGCUUUUCAAAAUCUACGGUACUCGGUUAAGGAAGAGGAGCAGGUAUGCGGAGAGUCCAACUGCUGGGCCAGAUUGA